UUGAGAAACAUUGGUUCAACAGAAGGCCAACCUCUACUCUUCAAACAGGAACUGUUGAACAAGAAAAUCUCUCAUCAAGGCUACAAGAGGGAUUGAUGGCGAAGUGAAAUGUUAAAACUAAACAGUGAAACAGCUGCUAAGAAGAAACAACGCUAGAUCAUUGCAGGCCUUUUGACCAAAAGAAUUCAACCCAAUGUGGAGAGAGGCUUUCUGGAUUUCCUCUCACCAUGCAGUCUCUACUUAGGCUCUUACUCUUAUUUGUCGUCCUAAGAAUAGAUAACACCAGUUAUGUUCCUCUCGAGUGUGAAGUUUGCUAUGCCAGUGCGAACAUGUGCACUGGCCCUAAGCAAAGGUGCCCUGUUAAGAAAGAUACCUGUGCCAUUUCUUUAUCCGAAAGUACUCUGGAUGGAACUACAGUUGUUACCAUAGAGAAAGGCUGUGAAAGCUCGAACAUCUGUAGGUUUCCUACCAUUGAAAUUUAUCUGGGGCGUGAUCAAUACUACAGGGCAAAUGUAGUCUGUUGUACUGGGGACAAAUGCCGAGAUGCCACUCCUAAAUUACCAGAGAUGCCGACACAACAUAAUGGAAAACACUGUCUUUCAUGUUAUUCUUGGGAAACAAAAUGUCACAAAGAGAUGGUGGAUUGCCUGGGAAUGGAUACAUACUGCUUUCAAAUGGAAUCUCGUAUACAUACCAAUGCAAAUGGAUCCCACUUGGACAGAACUAUUAAGGGCUGCACAACUAAGUCUGUCUGUAGUUUACUAGCUGCGGGUCAGUCUCCGAUUUGGGGCAGUUACGCAACUCUUAAAAAUGCAGAAUGUAAGCCAAGACAUUCUAAGGGAUUUCAUUCAACCAGCUGCUCCCUGGCAAGCAUCUUUUGGCUCCUGUUGUUGAAGAUCUUUCUCUCUCUGUAAAUCACCGGAUCCACUCCAAAAUUCAGCUGUACCUCCUUUUCACUUCCAUGCCAAUCUCUCUAAUGCAAGUUGACCUGUAGGAUUUUCUGCUUUCUUCAGUGAAAAUAAACACAAGUGUAUCAAAAAUA